GUCGGUCCUCCUGACUCCUCGUUCCUUCGCCUCAGGAGGAGAGCGGCGCUCCGGCUGACGACGACGGCUGCCGAUGGGUGCCGGAGGAGCAACGGAGUCUAAGGGAUAGCGAGUAGGGGUGUCUGCACGCAUACGUGGAGGCAUUCUGCAAUGCAACGGCACCUUUGCCCGUUCCACUGUUUAUUGCAGCAAUGGACGGCGGGCGGACUGACACUUCCUGACACGACGGAACACAAAUUUCCUCGCCUGUGCCUCCAAGCCUGGCUCUUUUGCUUCCUGCUAGCAGCGCUCUGCUUUCCCAAUAGGACCCAGGCGACCGUGUUCAAAGUUGGUGUGGUGGGGCCUUGGUCAUGUGACCCUGUUUUUGCCAAGGCGCUGCCCUGGACAGCAGCACAGGUAGCUGUGAACAGGAUCAACAGGGACGGCUCACUAUCUCUGGGCACCACCUUUGAGUAUGUUGUCCUUGAGGAGGACUGCCAGACUUCCAGGGCUCUCAGUGGCUUCCUGGGUUACCAUUCGCGGGUAUCUGCCUUUGUAGGACCUGCCAACCCCGGCUACUGUGAAGCCGCCUCCUUGCUGGGCAAGAGCUGGAACAAAGCUGUGUUCUCCUGGGCCUGCAUCAGCCAUGAACUGGACAACCUUCGCAGCCACCCCACCUUCGCUCGCACGGUCCCCUCGCCCUCAUGGGUGCUGCUCAGAUUCAUGCAGCACUUCCGUUGGGCGCACGUAGGUGUCAUCUCGUCAGAAGAGGAGAGCUGGGUGGAGACGGCCAACAAAGUGGCCAAUGCACUGCGCGCGCACGGAUUUCCUGUAGGCAUCGUGGCGACGACCAGUGACGACCCAUCCCGCUUACGGCGCACACUAGCCAAAGUGAAGAAUGUGGAGGACCUUCGCAUGAUCAUCCUCUGCAUGCAUUCCGCCCUCAUUGGUGGCCAGACGCAGAAGCUGCUGCUGGAGACAGCACAGGACAUGCAGAUGACAGAGGGCUCCCUGGUGUUUGUGCCGUAUGACACACUGCUGUACAGCCUCCCCUACCGGAACGUGAGCUACCCAGCAUUGGCCAAAAACACCAAACUUCGCCGUGCCUACGACGCCGUGCUCACUGUCACUGUGGACUCCAAAGAGAAGUCUUUCUUUCAGGCCUUCCAGGAGGCCAUGGACCAUGGGGAGGUGCCCAGAAACAUCGACCCUCUACAAGUUUCGCCACUUUUUGGCACUAUCUACAGCUCCAUACUUUUCAUGGCCAAUGCAAUGCAAAGGGUGCGGGACUCAGGUUCAUGGCUCUCUGGGGGCAAUCUGGCACGCCACACGGACCUCCUGUCCUUCUAUGGGUUCAGCCAGCACUUCCGCACCAACGGCUCUGGUGUCGGGCUGCUGGACUAUGUGGUGCUGGACACGGACGGGCUCUCCUGGGAGUUGCACCCCACCCAUCUCGUGGACAUGGAAGUUGGGAUGGUGAGGUACUUUGGCCGGCCCAUCCACUUCCCUAACGGCAUCUCCCCCAGGGCUGACUCCAGCUGUUGGUUCAGCCACGGCACCAUCUGUUCUGGAGGUGUCGACCCCUUCCUUGUUGUGACCAUAUUUCUGUCUGCAUUCUUGAUCAUUUUCUUCUCUUUUGGACUUUCUUACUUUAUAAGGAGACGUAUUAGCCAAAUCCGGAUGGUUAAGGGCCCCAAUAAAAUUCUUCUAACCCUAGCAGAUGUCACCUUCAUCAAUCCUUCCCUCAGCAAUAAGAAACUGAGUUUUGAUGAAAGCAAGGCAAGUGAGAUCGGCAGAAGUGCCUCCGAUACAGAGCACAGCCUCAAAUCGCCGUACUCCACAGCCAGCCUCGCUCCCGCCACACACGAGAACUCCAACGUGGCCGUUUACGAGGGAGAUUGGGCGUGGUUGAAAAGACUCCCAUCUGGAAAUUUUGGUGCAAUUUACCCCAAAACCAGCGACGUGUUUGAACUGAUGAAAGACAUGCGGCACGAGAACGUGAACCCAUUCCUUGGCUUCUUCCACGACUGUGGUGUCUUCGCCAUCGUGACUGAGUUCUGCUCGCGAGGAAGCUUGGAGGAUCUGCUGCGCAAUGAGGAUGUCAAACUAGACUGGAUGUUCAAGUCCUCGCUGCUUCUAGACCUCAUCAAGGGCAUGAAGUACCUGCACCACAGGACUGUGUGCCAUGGGCGGCUCAAGUCCCGCAACUGCGUGGUGGAUGGCCGCUUUGUGCUCAAGGUCACAGACUACGGCUACAAUGAAGUGCUGGAGGCACAGAGAUUUCCGUACGUGGAGCCCCCUGCAGAGGAGCUGCUGUGGACAGCUCCAGAGGUCCUGAGGGGUCCCUGCCCAGGACUGCAUGGCUCAAUGCAGGGCGAUGUGUACAGCUUCUCCAUCAUCAUGCAAGAGGUGGUGAUGCGGGGGUCACCCUUCUGCAUGCUGGACCAGUCUGCUGAAGAAAUUGUCCAGAAGGUCCGAAGGCCCCCGCCAAUGUGUCGGCCCGUUGUGUCCCUGGACCACGCACCCAUGGAGUGCAUCCAGCUGAUGAAGCAGUGUUGGACUGAGCAACCAGAAAAGAGGCCCACCUUCGACGAGAUCUUCGAUCAGUUCAAAAACAUCAACAAGGGGAAGAAGACAAACAUCAUCGACUCCAUGCUGAGGAUGCUGGAGCAGUACUCGAGCAAUCUGGAGGAGCUGAUCCGAGAGAGGACGGAGGAGCUGGAGAUCGAGAAGCAGAAGACUGAGAAGCUGCUCACUCAGAUGCUGCCCCCGUCCGUGGCAGAAGCCUUGAAGUUAGGUUCCACCGUGGAGCCGGAGUACUUUGACAACGUCACUCUGUACUUCAGUGACAUUGUGGGCUUCACCACGAUCUCAGCCAACAGCGAGCCCAUUGAAGUGGUGGAUCUCCUUAAUGACCUCUACACUCUAUUUGACGCUGUUAUUGGGAACCACGACGUCUACAAGGUGGAGACCAUUGGGGAUGCUUACAUGGUUGCAUCGGGCCUUCCGGUUCCCAACGGGGACCGCCACACCGCAGAGAUUGCCAACAUGGCUCUGGACAUUCUGAGUGCGGUCGGCACCUUCAAGAUGAGGCACAUGCCUGACGUUCCAGUCCGCAUCCGCAUCGGUCUGCACACGGGUCCAUGUGUGGCCGGGGUGGUGGGACUGACCAUGCCCAGGUACUGUCUGUUUGGAGACACAGUGAACACCGCCUCUCGGAUGGAGUCCACAGGAAUGCCGUACCGCAUCCAUGUGAGCCACAGUACUGUUAGAAUCCUGCUGGAGCUCAAGGAGGGGUACAAGGUUCAGCUUAGGGGACGAACAGAGCUCAAGGGGAAAGGCAUGGAGGAAACGUACUGGCUCGUGGGUAAGGACAACUUCACCAAACCGCUGCCAGUGCCACCAGAGCUCAAACCAGGAGAAUUGGCUCAUGGUCUUCAGAUGGAGGAAAUUGCCCAGUACAAGCGGCGCAAAGCAGAAAAGCAAAUAGCAAAGAAGAACUAAGAAGGAUUUUGAGCAAGGAACGCGAAGAUGGGACUCCACACAUGUUGACGAGGGAACCAUGACGAUGUGCCACCGCUAACACCCCCUCCCUGAGUGGGGCGCCAGUGUUCAGUGUGAAGGAGCAGCGGGACCCCCAGGGACACUGCUGCACCCAGGGAAUGCGGGAGGGGAGCCAGUGGGGCACUGCAUGGAUCUUGUUACUCAAAAGCAUUCCCUGGAAAAGGAGAUAGGAGUGAAAUGCGGGGCAUUAGUGCUCUUUAUAUAUCAAAGCGUGGCAGAUGGGAAGGACAUGUUCUGGACAUGGACAACGUUGAACUCAGGAAUUCUGUUCAGUGAGAAGCACUUUGUGAGUUGAAAUCCCUCAUGAAUUUCUAAAGAUCCAGCAGCAUGCAGCUGUGCUCCUCGAACCUGUUGUCUCUCUCCUUCCAUCUAGAAAAGAAACCAGCAGUUUUCAGCUUGAAACGAUGGCCAAUGACCAAUGGUCAAACUUUAGGUCCUUUGGCAGGCGGCACUACACCACUGCUCCUACCCCGGUGUUCAGGAUACUUAGCACUUCUGUAGAGGCUCUGCAGCACCGCUCCUUGUGGGCGAGACAAGGUGCUUGAGGAGCACAUGUUCUCACCACAAAGGAGAGCUUUGGGUGUUUCUCAUUAGUGCACCUCGUCUGCACUCCUGCUUCAGACCUUCUGGCUUGGGCUUGAGUACAGAAUAAGGUACUGAUGACACAGGGCAUGUUACACUAUCUGGGAUUUUGGGACAGGAAAAAAGAACAGGAAGUAGAAAUAAAAUGAAUAGUCAUGCCAUGUUAGUGAAAUCAUUAGUAUUUUUCAAUAUGUAUUUAUUUGUUUUAUUUUAUUUAUCUCUCACAGUUUUUCUGAAAUGUACUAUUGUGAACCAAAACAGGUACGUACUGAUAAUGAUUUGUUUCUAGUUCGGCUCAGAACUACUUUUCUGAAGGAGGCUACGAAGAUCAUUCUUCCCCAAAAUACUAGAAAUUGCUGCUGGUUUCACAAAGUUUUUCUUUUCCUGUUCCUAGUUUAUUGUUGGCACAAUAAGCCACAAGAUUUUAGGAAGAUUAUUAUUGCCAUAACAAUGGUAAUAGUUUUAAAGUAGAUUGUUCUACUUAUAAUAAACAGGCUGCUUAAACCCAGAGUGGAACAUGUAGUGAAACUGUACCCAUCGGUUUUAUAUUGACUAAAGAAAAUUGGAAUAAAGUCCUCCUUUCCCCUUUUUAGUCACAGUCCAGUCCAGUCCAGCAAGCAGUGGAAAACAUUUGCCCUUUCCACGGUAAAGUGUAGCUGCAUCUUAAAACCCGUAGGCUUCCGCGGUUGGU